AGCUUUUGGUCGAAAUUUUUACUAUGGCAGUGUCGACCAGUGGUCGGGUUGACUAUCCUUUCGUCCUCUCUGUUAUUUGUAAACGCUGGCGUUCUAUAAUGAUCAACUAUCCACCUCUAUGGACGCGCCUCUACAUUACCGAAUGCUCGCCAGAUUACAGCCCGGCUGCCACAGCGUCCAUCCUCGACCUCGACUUGGGACCUCAAGUGAUCUUCCCUCGAGUGGCUUCAUUUCUUGAACGUUCGUCGGAGCUUGACAUCGAAGUAAUCAUUCGCAUAGGAUCGGCACCGUUCUACGAUGCUACGAGUCUUCAGCCAUCACAUACGGUCUUCACCGACAAGCACUUUCUCAGCCUCUCUCACCUGCCUCGUUCAACAUGCACGUCGCAUCAAACACUUCUCCAUGGAUACAGGAUUUUGGAGCUCCCAUGUCAACGCCUUAUCUGCUUUCCGUAACGUACCCAUGUCCCGCCUGCAAAAUUUCGAGAUCUGCCACCGGUCGUCGAGCCACGUUGCUUUUGAAGAAGACUUCGAAGACGAUCUGCAGGCUGGAGAGAUCGACGUCCUUCAGCAUCCUUCAAUUUCAUCCACCGCUGACCAGAUUGUGUGGAACCAAUACAUGUACCCAUCCCUCAAAGUGUUGGAUUUGUCCGGCGUUCCCUUCCGUUGGCAUCUCUUCUGCCCCCGGAAUCUUACCAGACUAUGUCUCCGAUUUCAGCCAUUUGAGGAACGGCCGUCGGCCUCCAUUUUGCGCGAUAUCCUGGCAGGGAGUGUAGAUACCAUGGAGAUUCUGGAGCUCAACGGUGUCAUCUCCACCGACACGUCUCCGAAUGUGUUUGGCCUUACUAACAAGCGGCUCACUCUUCCCCGUGUCCAUAAAUUUACUCUCGGGUACACCACCCCGCAAGAAGUUGGACUUCUGCUCCGAUAUCUUGACCUCCCUGCCGUCCGCAACCUGACAAUCAAUAACCUCGAGGCUGUUUGGUGUACAGAUUCCACCGACGUUAUUGAGAGCAUCAUCGAGCACUUCCCCUUGUGCCAGAUUGACACGCUCACGCUCGACCGUGUUUGUCAUGGAGAUCACCGCGCGAACACCCAUACGACGUCGACUGUUCAUACCGACUCCACGAACAACGAAAGGAUCUAUGACGAAGACAAGCUUCCUGUCAACCUGAGGUUUAUUCGUCGACUCACCGCGCUCAGGCACCUAUACCUGUAUUCUCCUUGCGGCGUAUUCAUGGAGUACUUUAACUACCCCAUAAAUCUCAAUGACUUGACUGAUAGAGUCCAUGUUGGUCGUGCUCUGAACAUGUCCGAUCUUGAGACGUGGUGUCUCUCCGUGUCAAGCAAAGCACUUUGCGUUCGGCCUGGGAAGAACGUAGGGACAUUCCUUCGUAAGCGCCUGGAGUGCUGGAUUGUGGACGGAGUGUACAAAGGACCUGAUAUAACGAAAGUAGAUCUUCGGUUGUCGAGGGGCAUAAGGAAUGAGAUCCGGGACCUCGAAGCACUAAUGCCACGGACAUGGAAGGUGUCUUGCAUAGAGUAGGGCGCAAAUAUCGGAUUAAUCUGCCUGCUGCAAAGAACAGUCCCACUUGUAUAGUACUC